GCGCGCAAGAGAGUGAACGCGUUCUCGAAGGCGCUCGCUCGGUGUCGUGGACAUUCUUUAAUUAUAAUUUAAUAAAACAUUUAAAAGGGUUUUAUUUCUUUCCGACUUCAGCUACAGUGAUAGCUAAGUUUGGAAAGGAGGGCAGAGAGGGAAAAGAUUCGGGCCGUUUAUGGGAAAUUAGGAUUUCAGUUUUAUGUUUUGGUGGAAAUUGAUCGACUUGAGAAAAGCUACUAAGGAAUAAAUAUAUUUAUAUCUUUUUGUUUCUUAAAAAUAUCUUCUUGUUUUUACUUGCACAAAAGUCAAAGUGAAGUCGAAAUGGAAAGCUCAACGUCUAAAAAGGGGUUUGGUGAUUCUCUGCAUGACUUUUUCACAUCUGCGAAAUUUCUUAUCUAUGUCGGACAUGCUUUAUCAACCUGGGGGGACCGCAUGUGGAACUUUGCCGUAGCUGUAUUUCUGGUCGAGUUGUACGGGAACAGUUUGCUCCUGACCGCUGUGUAUGGCCUGGUGGUGGCAGGAUCGGUGCUGUUACUUGGGGCCAUCAUUGGGGACUGGGUGGACAAAAAUGCUCGACUCAGAGUGGCCCAGACAUCUCUGCUCAUCCAGAACUGUUCAGUUAUUGUGUGUGGUGUCCUGCUGAUGCUGGUUUUCCACUUUAAAGAACAGCUCACACAACUCUAUAAUGGAUGGCUGCUGACGUUUUGCUACAUUAUGGUUAUCAGCGUCGCAAACAUUGCAAACCUGGCAAGCACCGCGAUGUCCAUCACCAUUCAGAGGGACUGGGUGGUGGUGGUGGCUGGAGAUGACCGCAGCAGCCUUGCAGACAUGAAUGCCACAGUGAGAAUCAUCGACCAGUUGACCAACAUCCUGGCCCCGAUGCUGGUGGGACAGAUCAUGGCGUUUGGUUCCCAUUUCAUAGGCUGUGGUUUCAUCUCAGGCUGGAACCUCUGCUCCAUGUGUCUGGAGUACUUCCUGCUGUGGAAGGUGUACCAGAAAACUCCAGCGCUGGCUGUCAAGGCAGGACAGAAAGACUUUGGCAACCAAGAGAUGAAGCAGCUCAACAUUCAAAAAGAACUGGAGAAUGAUGAAGACCUGGCUGAAGGUUCACAGCUGAUGAAUGAGGGAUCUGUAGUGAAGUCUGAUCCAGAAGAGAAGCAGAGCUGCUGCUAUCAGAUGUCUGAACCUUUGCGCACUUUCCGUGACGGCUGGGUCGCCUACUACAACCAGUCCAUCUUCUUCGCCGGCAUGUCGUUAGCCUCCCUCUACAUGACCGUUCUGGGCUUCGACUGCAUCACCACAGGUUACGCCUACACGCAGGGCCUGAACGGCUCCAUCCUCAGCAUGCUUAUGGGAGCCUCGGCUGUGUCGGGUAUCUGUGGCACCGUGGCCUUCACUUGGGUGCGCAAGAAGUGUGGCCUCAUCCGCACCGGGUUCCUCGCUGGCAUAGCUCAGCUGUCCUGCCUCAUGCUUUGUGUAAUGUCCGUCUUUGCCCCUGGAAGCCCCUUUGACUUGAGCGUCUCUCCCUUCCAAAGCAUGAUAAGCCAUCUGCUUGGGGACAGCGCACCUCUGCCCGAGGCUCCCACCAUGGUCAGCGUGGUCACCACUGAAGCCCAGAUGACCCUUAACAUCUCCAACAUGCAGGCUGAGGAAGUCCCAUACAUUGAGUCCUAUCUGUCUGUCAGUCUUCUCUUCGCUGGAGUUAUUGCUGCUAGAAUGGGUCUUUGGUCUUUCGACUUGACCGUGACCCAGCUCAUUCAGGAGAACGUUGCCGAGGUAGAGCGAGGGGUCAUCAACGGUGUCCAGAACUCCAUGAACUACCUCCUGGACCUGCUGCACUUCAUCAUGGUCAUCCUGGCACCCAACCCCGAAGCUUUCGGUCUGCUGGUUAUCAUCUCUGUCUCCUUCGUUGCCAUGGGGCACAUGAUGUACUUCAGGUUCGCCUUCAAAAGCCUCGGGAAUCGGCUGUUCUUGUGCUCUUCGCCCGAGCAGAAAACAGACGCAGAUUCUCCCUCACUUCCAUCCGUGUAAGCUGUUUAGAGGGACUUAUCCCUGCUACGAUGACAUGUAUUACUCUGAAACACUGUGCGAUCAUACUAACCAUGCUUGCACCGCCAGUGUAUAUAUACACACACUCAUAUUUAAUGUUCACCUAUGAGAUUCUGCAGAAAAGACGAAAGAAAAAAAACCACCCAUGAAAAUGCUUGUUCCCUUUAGCGUGCUGCAUGUGACCUGUAUUUAUUCAGCUUAGCUAGUGCAUGCUUUAUUCAGUACCAUUUUAGGUGUGUAUUGUUAUUAAACGUUUGCUUUUUUCUCGCAGUUCAGGUGUAAAGUGUCACAUUCAGGAAUACAUAUGAUCUACAAUCUGACAUUAUGUCUGAUCUAUAAUCAGUAUGUCAGUUUUGGUGGUGCUAAUGUGUUACUGCAACAGCUAACACACUCACUCACACGUUUAUUUGAAAUCCAAAGUGAGGAAGUGAGGGAAAACAUCCGUCUGCUUUUAUUAUGCAUUCCAGGUGUUUUUACGUGAAUAUAAUAUAAUAUAAUAUAAUAUAAUAUAAUAUAAUAUAAUAGCCAUUUCUACAAUCCCAUGGCAACUUGACUUCAGAGUUUUUUUAUCUUUCAUUUUUCUUUUAUUUCACUCAGAAAAAAUUGGUGCAGUGCAUUAACCUGUGAGAUAUAGUGUACAGCACCAUAGGAUACAGUAACAGUCAAAAGUUUAGACACACCUUCUAAUUCAAUGUUUUUCUUUAUUUUUAUUAAUUAAAUCCAAAGACAUGCAGGUAAGGUUAAUAUGGGACGGCCUUGGGCUGAGGUGCCCUUGAGUGAGGCACCUAACUCCCAACUGCUCCCUGGGCGCUGUUAGCAUGGCUGCCCACUGCUCUGGGUAUGUGUGUGUGCUCAUUGCUCACGUGUGUGUGCAUGUGUGUGUUCACUGCUUCAGAUGGGUUAAAUGCAGAGAGGAAUCUCACAAGUGUGUGAUGAAUAAAGUUGUGCUUUCUUUCUUUCUCAAGUCACUUCAUGUCUUAAAAUAACAAUGGAUGUCGUUUCUCUUUAAUUAGUCAAGUGGUUCUUGUAUAUGGAUUAAUAUAAUUUUUACUAUACUAUAUUACUAUAUUCUUGUAAUAUGGAUUACUACAGUUGUGGAAUAGGGCUAUUUUAUUUUAUUCUAUCCACAUUCACUGGAUAUGAGCAAUCGCGUGCUCCGAUUGGCUACUCUACUACUAGUAUAUCGGCUCAUAUACCGUGAGUAGAGAAAAACAAAAUGCCGGAGUGUGUCGCUGAACCAACCAAGGAUGAAAUGAAAACUCUACUCGAAAACAAAACCCCAAAAAAUACAAAAAAGCAACAACAUAUGGAAUAAAAGUAUUUGAUGGUAAGAACCUAUCUUUUAUUUUUCACAAAUUGCUACUGUCAUUUUGCUGGUUUGUUUACAUUCGAAGUGGAAAUGAUUUUGUCGGAUGUUUUGUAUGAAGUUUUUAUUUAUCGAAUUUGCAAAACAAAAAAUUGCUCUGUUUCUCAAAAUCCAGUGACUAUGGAUAGAAUAAAAGUCAUUCCACUCAAUCUUGUCAUACAUGGCUUAUAGGCAACUUGGUGCUACACACCUUGUCGGCUACCAGCUCAUGUAUGACUCGAUUUUGUUGAAUAACUGUUAAAUAGGUUUUUUUUUUAUUAUUUACUAUUUACUGUUUGAUCUCAAAUGCAUUAAGAAGGCAAGAAACUCGUCCACUAAUUAAUUUUUGACGAGACACACCUGUUAAUUGAAAAGCAUUCCAGGUGACUGCCUCAUGAAGCUGGUUAAGGUAAUGCCAGUAGUGUACAAAGCAUCAUCAAGGUAAAUGCUGGAUACUUUGAAGAAUCUAAAAUAUCAAGCAUUUUGUUUUUGAACACUUUUUUUUGGGUUACCACAUAAUUCCAUACAUGUUCUAUUAGAUUGUGAAGUAAAUUUCUGUUUCCUCUUCAAUAAAGAAUUGCAAGCAAACACCAAGACUUAAUGAGAGAGAUAGAUGAUAUUCUUAAAGAACCUUCAUAAAUGUACACCAGUGCAGUCCCAGGCACUCUCUCUCUGCAUACCCAAAAAACAACACUUUGACUCACUCUCUGGUUUCUCACAACAAAAAGGUCUUUCUCAAAACCUUUAAUCCAUAAUACAGAUAAGGAUGUUACUGUGGACACACACACACACACACACCGUUUUUCUCUAUCAGGCAGAGGAUUAUAAAUAUCCUGAAAUAAUAAGAAUUUUAAGAAGCCCUUAACCAUUCUUGAGUUCCAUAUGUUAUUCCGUACGUUAGUUUUGAUGUAUUCAGUAUUGUUCUACAAUAUAGAAAAUACAAAAUACAGAAAAAACUUAUCAAUGAGUAGAGUAGGGGUGUACAAACUUUUGACUGGUGCUGUACAUGUUAAUAACUAUUUCUGCUUUUUGCUCAUGACUUGACUUGUUGCUCACGACAACCCCUAUGGCAACUUAUCAUUGUCUGGUUUUAAUUUAUUUAAAAUAUUGCCCCAGUGUUUUAACCUGCAUGUUCAAAUCAAUGCUCUUUCAUUUCAGUUGCAUGAAAUAAAAAUUUAACUUUUUCUUUCUUCCCCAGAUUUUUCAAACACAAGCACUUUAAGCACAUCAGUGCACAUUCAGGUCUGUUUAACAUUUUUGCACAAGGUCGCACCAUAGCAGAGUACCAGCUGCCCAAAUCCAGAUUUAAUAAUCCUCAAAAAAAAAAUAGUCAGCUUGGACAGGGUAAAAAGUGUCAGGCUUUGUCCAGAAUUCAUUGGUCUUGCUCGAGUACAAAGUAAGCACAUCGUAUUUAUUAUUUCAGAGUGAUUUAGGAGGAAUGUGUCAAAUAGCCUGCCAAACCAGAAAGUGCAGGCAGCAGAAAUUGUCUCUGCUUUUCUGUGGCGUUUUUGUGUAAUAAUGAAGGUUAGAGCAGCACAGGUCAGCUGUACAGUACACGCCUGGAGACAGGGAAGGAGUUUGUUCUUCAGCUUAAUGCUGAAUCAGCAGUGAAGGAAAUGAAGGGCAGCUGGUCUGUGUGUGCAGAUGCAUGUGUUUUAACAAAACGCGUUGAAUUUUUUUUCCUUUUUUUUUUUAAAACUUUUCCACCCCAAACACCUGAGCACAUAUCCAGGACACUGUUAAAGAUUCUGUACACAUCCUUGUUUCAGGAUUUUUACUCAAAUGUGGCUAUUUACUACCCUGUUGAAUGUUUGUGACAAAAAAUUAUUUCUGUCUUUGAUGUAUGACUUUUUUGUAUAUCUGUAAUUUUUUCUCAUCUCAUCUCGUUUUUAUAUACAUAUACACAUACAUACAUAUAGAUACACAGAAACAAAUUACAUAAAUACAUAUAUUUUAGUGUUGUGUUCUAGUGAAAAGUCUGUCAUCCUUUCCUGUGUUUCCUCCCAACAUUAAUCCUUAUGAUGUUGUUAUAGUGUUAUAAUGAAGCAUCACAGUAAUGUGCUGUACAACACACACAAUUGACAGACGUGUGGCACAGUGAUGCAGCAAACAGCUCAGGAGUCAUGUGUUUCACGUGCUUGCUUUCAAAUGUUUCAAUAAAGGUGUUUUUAUCCAAACAA